CGCCAUUUUUGUUUUGUGUUUUUUAACCGAGUUUAGUUUUAUGUCUCGUGUUUGUAAAGAAGGCUAUGUAGAUAGCCAUAAAAGGCCUUAAAUGCUCAUCUUUCAGUAGAAAUUGUUGCUGGAUCGUUUGCAAUGUCCAACUCAACGAAUGUCAGCAACCAGCCACAGAGAACCUAUGGCGUAACUUCUGCCAUAAGUCAUGCCAAGCCAAAACCAGUUGAUAUUGAACUGUCUAAAAAGUUAGAAGAAACUCUUAAACCUUAUGGCGUGUUUGAGUCAGAAGAUGAACUCCAACACCGAAUGGUUGUUCUUGGCAAGUUAAAUGAAAUUGUUAAGCAGUGGAUAGUUGAUGUUAGUCUGCAGAAGAGCAUGCCAGAAAAUGUGGCCCAUUCUGUUGGUGGAAAAAUAUUUACGUUUGGAUCUUUUCGUCUUGGAGUACACACAAAGGGUGCUGAUAUUGACACUCUUCUCGUAGCUCCUCGACAUAUUGAUAGGGCUGAUUUUUUUUCAUCAUUUUAUGACCUACUGAAAAACCAUGAAGAUGUGAAAGAAUUAAGAGCAGUUGAGAAUGCAUUUGUUCCAGUUAUUAAACUCACUUUUUGCAACAUUGAGGUUGAUCUUCUCUUUGCUCGUUUGGCUUUACCAGAAAUACCAGAUAACUUAGAUCUACUUGAUGAAAAUCUGCUGAAGAAUUUGGACCCAAAGUGUGUCAGGAGUUUAAAUGGUUGUAGGGUAACAGAUGAGAUCUUAAGACAAGUCCCAAACAUAGAGAAUUUUAGACUCACUCUAAGGGCAGUUAAACUUUGGGCCAAGAAAAGAGGUAUCUAUUCCAAUGUAUUGGGAUUUUUAGGAGGCGUAUCUUGGGCCAUGCUUGUUGCUAGAACAUGUCAACUUUAUCCCAAUGCUGUCGCAUCUACUUUACUUUUGAAAUUUUUUCUUGUAUUUUCUCGAUGGGAAUGGCCAAAUCCUGUUUUGCUGAAACAAAUUCCUUUACCGCAUGAAAACAGGCUAGGCUUUCAAGUUUGGGAUCCUAGACUUAACACCUCAGACCGCUAUCACCUUAUGCCAAUUAUAACACCAGCAUAUCCACAACAGAACUCUACUUUUAAUGUUUCCAUGUCUACACGACAAAUUAUGCAAGAGGAAUUUUUUAUAGGAUUUAAAAACUCUGAAGAUGUUCAAAAUGGUAAAGCAAACUGGGAUAUACUUUUUGUACCUUUUAAUUUCUUUUCAAGAUACAAACAUUAUAUAGUACUUAGUGCCUUUGCUGCAAGUCAAGAUAAUCUUUUGGAAUGGAUUGGUUUGGUGGAAUCAAAAGUUAGAACUUUGGUAUUAAGCUUGGAAAAUAAUGCUUACAUCACUUUGGCUCAUGUAAACUCUACGAGUUAUGGCCCCUUGGAAUCAGAGAAGGACAAGUUUGUUACUAGAUGGUUUAUUGGACUUUUGUUUAAAAAAACAGAGAAUGUAAACAUUGACCUUACAAGUGAGAUACAGAUGUUUACAAAUACAGUUCACAAUCAAGCAAUCAGUACUAAGUUGAUCAAAGAUGGAAUGACCAUUGAAGCUAAACAUGUCAGAAGAAAGCAACUAAACAAGUACUUACCUCCUGGGGUUUUCAAAAUGAAGAAAAAGAGUGGUGUGGUGGGUGAUGACAAGCCAAAUGUUGUAAAAAAUGAAAACAUUCUGAAUGAAAGCUCAAGUCUUGAAAUCAGCACUGAAAGUAUACCAGAGGGCAAAGAAGAAUUGCCAAAUGUCAAAGACAUCAUAGAUGAGAAAAUGUUAACUGAUGAUCAUGAGCACAAAGCAUCCAUAAACAAUGAUGCCCAGAUAUCCAAACCCUCUAUCAUAAAAGAAAGCCAAGGUGAAGUGAUAUCACUAGCACCUAUUACAUGUAACACACAAGAGAUCACAAGCACUGCUGCACCAGCAAAAGUUCAGCCAGAUGAGAAAAGACAAGGAGUUAAACGCCCAAGCACGCCAUUGGGACCAGACACAAAACGUACCAAAAUAGAGAACCCAACUGAAACUUCCCCACAGGAAUUUAUUAUAAAGGAAGACCCUUCAAAUAUUAAUACAACGAAUUUGGUCAAGUCAGUGGAUGAAAUUGAAGCGCUAACAUCCCCUACUGAUGACGAAAUGACAAGUUCAAACCUUAAACCCUCCAGAGGAAUAAAGCGAAGAAGUUCAGAUCAAAAGGAUAUUUCCACUAAACAAUUGAAAAAGGAUAGUUUUCAGGAGGAAGAAGAAAAAGAGCUUUAUGAUACAGAGGAGCUUCAGCCUCAAUUACCACUUCCAGUAAAAAACUCUAUAAAACUUACACUGAAGUAGUGUUGUUGGUAUUAUCAUAGUGUUAGGGUAACCUUGGCUUGAUUAGUAUGGAGGGUCUGCUGCAAGAGUCAACAGAUGUUAAGUAGAGUUGCAUUUAUUUUUGAUGUUAUAUAUAAGACAUCAAGUUGUGUUGUUAAUCACUGAGAGGUUAUUUCACUAACUAUUAUAAGGUAAUGCCAAAGAAAACAAGUCAACAACAUGAUAUUUCUAUUUAUUACAAAAAUGUCCUUGCAUUCGUAGUUAACCUAGUAUUAACAAUUAAUCAUUAUUAAUAGAGAUAACAAAAUGCUAUUUAGACUGCCCAAAAACUGUCUAUCAUAUUAAUUCUGACUCAGUAGCACUUCACACACACUCCUCGUUCUUGUAUUGCAUAAUAUAGUAAUUGGUAAUAGUAACUAUUAGCACCCCAAGCCAUGUGUUGACUGACUGUUGGUCAGCUGUUGGUCAGCAGACUACCAACAGUUAGUUGACAGCUAGUCGACAGGUCAUCGCUAUGUACCAMAGCUGGUUUGGGGCAAUAAUAGCUACUAUUACCUAUAUAGUUCAAGUGGUUGUUUAAGUCAAGACAUUUUUAUACAUCCUGUAAAGAAAAAGAGUUGACCAUUGUUUUACUGUAAAUUUCCAAAACAGCUAAGUAACCAAGUAACGUUUAUUUAAAACCCAGAAUGCUAAUGCUAAAUGUUCAUGGUGAAAAUAUAGUUGAUCCUUUGUAAACAUGUAAUUACUUCAAAACUAGACUAGACUAACAUGGUCUCUCGUUUUCAUUCUUCUCAUUUACUAGUGUACAGACAAUCUUCUGACCUUUAAAGUCAGUUUAUCAAAAAUAAAGUUUAAUAUCAUCUCCAAAGGAGGAGAUGCCAUGGA